AUGGCGGAGCAGGGUCCGAUGGCCAUCGCGAUGCGGCUCCGCAACCAGCUGCAGACCGUGUACAAGCUGGACCCGCUGCGGAACGAGGAGGAGGUGAACCUGAAGAUCAAAGACCUGAACGAACACAUCGUUUGCUACCUUUGUGCAGGAUACUUUAUAGAUGCCACGACUAUUACAGAGUGUCUGCACACGUUUUGUAAAAGUUGUAUCGUCAAAUAUCUUCAAACGAGCAAAUAUUGUCCCAUGUGUAACAUCAAAAUCCAUGAAACGCAACCUUUACUCAACCUCAAACUGGACCGAGUUAUGCAAGAUAUAGUUUAUAAACUGGUACCAGGGCUUCAAGAAAGUGAAGACAAAAGAAUAAAAGAGUUUUAUCAGUCCAGAGGCUUGGAGCGAGUCAUUCAGCCUGCGGGGGACGACUCUGUCCCGGACGCCGCAGGUUUGCCCUACACCAGCUUCGACCACUCCAAAGCCCACUUCUACAGAUACGACGAGCAGGUCUCUCUCUGCUUAGAAAGACUCCAUUCAUCACUCUCUGGAAAAGAUAAAACGAAACUAACCCUUCAGCAAAAGUUUGUGCGGUGUUCGGUUCGAGCAGAGGUGCGGCACUUACGGAAAGUCCUCUGCCAUCGGCUCAAUGUAGAGAAACACCAGGUCCAGAUGCUGUUUAAUAAUGAGAUUCUACCUGAUCACAUGACCAUGAAGCGGCUGUGGCUCUCGCACUGGUUCGGAAAGGCCGGGCCGUUAGUCCUGCAGUAUUCCAUCAAAGACAAACGCAGCAGAUAA